AUGCUGGUCAUCUGUUACAUCAGUAAUGCAGCCCCUAUCCAGCCUGGGGGUCUCUUCCAGCAUUUAACUAGCCUCUUUCUCCCCCCGAAAUCCCCAGCGCUGAGCUGCAAUGAGAAUGAGUGCGAUCCCCUGGAUGGUGACGGCCACUACGGAACGUGCCAGAAGGCCAAGCGAAUGCGGACGUCUUUUAAGCAUCACCAGCUGCGUACCAUGAAGUCCUACUUCUCCAUGAACCAUAAUCCUGACGCCAAGGACCUGAAGCAGCUGGCGCAGAAAACGGGCCUGACCAAGCGUGUGCUGCAGGUCUGGUUCCAGAAUGCCCGCGCCAAGUUCCGGAGGAACCUUCUCCGGCAGGAGAACGGCAUGACAGAGAAGGCUUCAGAGGGGUCCGUGCUGCCGGGUGGGUCGCCCCCGGGGGCCGUCUCCGAGAUCUCCAACUCCUCCAUGAGCCCCGUGAGCCCGGCCUCCACCUUGACAGACCUGACUGCCAACACCCCAGUGCUGAGCGACGGCUUGGACCUCCACCCAGCCAGGAGUCCCACCCGGACCGGCUCCACAAGCCUAUUCUGACUUUACUUUGAGCCUCUGGCUGCAUCCAUAUUUACAGAAGGACGCCUUAAACAGGUCCGAAGCUGGACAGGGGGAUUCUGAAAUUCAGAAAAGGGCAGUAUUUUGUUAUUUUUGAGAAAAGAGUAAACUUAAUUGUUUUUUUUUAUUUUCAGUAUGUUUACAGUGGAAAGACAGAAUUUUGUGAUAUCGAAGCAGCUUUUUGUGCGGACCACAGUCUUGGCAUUGGGUGGUCCAAGCUCACCGUGUCAUGUGUUCAACGAAAUUGCCAGACACUCCUCUGGAGUGUCACGUGACUGUCAUGUG